ACAAUGAUGAGAAUACCCCAACUCUGUGGUAGUGAAUCAGUGAUAGUGGUGGUACAAAAUAAAAAUAAAUAAAGAGAAUGUCCUCAAAAGCAACUCUGGAUCAUCCUCUUAUAUCUUCUCCAACCCAUUCCCUUCCUCAAGACUCAUCAGAAUCACAAGUAUUGCUUGAGAUUCCAGACAGUUAUCACAAAGAUCGCAACCAAAACCAUAAAGACAGCAAGAAUGAAAAAGAAAGCGGGAGAGGAAAGAAGAGAAUGAAAAUUACCACAAAGAAACUCCUCAUUAUCCUCUUCUUCAUCCUAUCAACCAUCUCACUUCUAAGACUCCUCAGAAUCACAACCACAGGAACCAGUCAACCUCCUACUUUAUCUCAGUCUCCGCUAGAGAAAAACACCCGAUUUCAUGCAUCAAACACACACAGAACAUAUUCGCCUUCCAGUUUAGAUGCAGAUCUCACUGUAAAGGAAUUCCAACUCCUCACAAAUAUCAUCUCGCAAAGAGUCCCCUGCAACCUCCUCAUAUUCGGUAUAAGACCUCAAACCCUUCAACUCUCAUCGCUGAACAGUGGAGGCACCACUAUCUUCCUUGAAGAUGACCCUGAAAAGCUGCUAGCAAUCCGUAGAACAAAAGAAGGCAUGCAGAUGUACAAAAUUGAACAUCAGGCAGCCGCCAAAGAGGCAUACAACCUGCUCCGACAUGCAAGGACGCACCCUGAUUGUGCACCUGAAGCACAGCCACUUCAAUCAUCAAAAUGCCGACUAGCACUGACACAGCUACCAAAGGAGAUAUACGAACUCAAAUGGGACGUAGUGGUGGUUGAUGGACCAAGCGGUGAUAAACCAGAGGCACCUGGGAGGAUGGCUGCAAUCUAUACCACCAGUAUGAUUGCUAGGUUUGGGAACAAUACAGAUGUCUUGGUUCAUGAUGUCGAUAGAACAGUUGAGAAAUGGUUUUCUUGGGAGUUUCUUUGUCAUGAAAACUUGAUUUCUUCCAAAGGGAAACUUUGGCAUUUUAGGAUUUUGGAGAGUUCAACUUCUACUAGUUUUUGUUCUAAUGCGACAGUUCGAAUCAUGUGAUAUCGUUCUUUUGCCUACUAGUUCUUUAUCAACCAAAGGUAGACGUAAACUGGUCUAUGUCAACAAAUACACUUGGCUAGUGAGAUACAAGAGAUGAAAAAUAUUAUACAUUCAUGUACCAGACUAUCAGUGCAUGUAUUUAAAUCCAAAAGCCUAAAGAGUCAAAGAUCUAUUGAACAAUAUCAGUACAA